UACAACAUUAAGUUACCACAAAACAAAUGAAUUAUUCUACACAGUGUACAUCAUAAAGGAUAACCACUCCUAUUUCAAACAACAUUUACAGCUCGAAAUGACAUCAUCAUUCUACUUUGAUAGAUCGACCUUUGUUUACUACCUUUCACGUGUUUAUUUCUAACUGACCACAAAAUUGAAGCAGGGAAAUUAUUUUACGACUGUUUGCUCUUUGUUUCAGUUUUUCCAAUAUAUACUAAGUACGUAUUGUUGUAAACAAUUUUUAUGAAAUAUUCAGAUUUACACCUCUACAAAAUAUUAUUUUCGUGUUAUAUAAGACAUGAAAAAAGAAAAGAGUACAAGUACUAUGCGUUGCUUGUUUUUUUCAUUGCUUGUUUUUUUUACACGAGUAACCGGUUAAUCUGUAGGAGAGCAUUUUUGAACAGUCAUCAUGUAGGUGAGAGAGGUGUUUGAGCUCCGACCUCCGCUAAAAAUAUUCUGUUUUGAGUGAUUUCUACGAAGAUUAUGUGACCAAUCGUUGUUGUAAGUUUCAUAUACAGCAUACUAUUCUAUACAGCGUUAUUUUGAAAAUCUUAUUUACUUUCUGUGAAUCUUGUGUACCUGUCCACUCGGCACGACCCAGGGUGUCGGCCAUUGUGAACUCCAUCUCACCAUAUAAAGUUCUGUUUUGUUUUGUUGUGUUCUCUUUGACAAUACCGGCACAAACUAUGUCAAAUGAUAAACAAAUGUCUGAACAACCACUGUCAUCUGCAGUAUCUGUAGAAGAAGAAAUCAACCCACACAAAAGAUUGAGAGAGGACAGUAGUCUCGUUCUCCCUAGUGAUCUAAGUAAGUUAAGCGAUAUCCUCGACUCGCUGUCCUCUGAUGAGAAUUCAAUAAAGCAAGCAGUAGCCUUGAUUCUUCAGAAAGAUAACUUUAAAACAGCUAUCGCUGGUAUAUUAGUCCCAGAGAUUGCUGGUCUACGUUCGGAGAUUGAGGAACUCUCAACUAGAUUAGAUGAAAUGGAGCAAUACUCCAGAAGAAAUUGUUUAAAAAUUUCCGGAAUUCCCGAAGAAAAAAAUGAAAACACCGAUACGCUUGUGCUGAAUGUAUUUAACAACAUUAUGUUCAAACAAAAGCAAGACAAAAUAGCACUCGAAAGCAUCUCCCGAUCUCAUCGAGUAGGAAGACCAGCCUCCGGUCGCGGUCCACGUGAUAUCAUUGUCAAAUUUGUCAGUUAUCGCGACCGGGCCAAAGUCUAUGGAAGCAAGAAGAAUCUGAAAGGUUAUAACAAUAACCCGUCCAAACAAACUGCCAGAAUCUUCAUUAACGAAGCCCUGACCCACAAAAGAGCACACCUUUAUAGUGAAGCCCGCGCACUCGUGAAACAAAAGAAAAUUAACAGUUGUUGGACAUUUGAUGGCCGAGUUUACGUUAAACUUUUGGGGGUAAACGGCAAGAAAAUGGUCAUCAACUCGCCGGAUGAUCUCGAAUCCUUCUCUGCGGGUGAUAACAUACCCUAUUCAUCAACACCUAAGGCCAGCGCAAACCCGAGAUCGUAAACAUCGAGAUCUUGACCGUACCGUAAAAA